AUGUUUUUACAGUAAGUCUUGGUCUGUUUUCCUAAAGGUUUCAUAAUUUUACAGCCGUUUUUCGUAAACAAAGUUUGCGUAGUAAUGGCUGCUUUGAAAUUUUUAAUUUAAAGUUAUAAAAUUGAUUGUUCUGCAAAGCGAAGUACAGUAGAAUGUGAUUACAGUUACUGAGUAUAUAAGGUUUUUUGAGGAUUUUGAAAUAUUUUCAAAUAAAGUUUUUUUGAAAAGUUUUUAAAAAAUAAUUUUAACUGAUUUUAGAUACUUUUGAUCACAUAUAAUUCUUUUUUUAAUUUAUUUUUUAAUUUAAAUUUUUAAAUCUAUUAACUUAUCUUUCUAGAAAGCUAUGCAGAAGCACUUCAACGCCAUGCUCGAAACGUUUUCGUUCCAUGACUCCAACACCUCUCCCACCCAUCAUACUUGAUCCAGCCUUUCGUCUCAGAGAUAAUUCUGGAACGGUUCGAAUUGAAGUCGCUCAACCUCAUCACACCAAAGAUGUAGCUGAGUUUACGAGGAUUCAUUUUGCAAGACGUGAACCUAUGCUUCACUUUUGGGGUAGGUUUCCAAAGUUGUUGAAGAACUAACAUACUGUGGAACUCCUGUAUAAUGAAUGUCUUUAGGAGUUUAAAUUUUGCUCGUUAUAAAGGAGUUUCGUUAUACUGGAGUUUCUGUACUGUAUAUAAGCUUAAAAAAUAAUUUUUGAAAAGUUGAGUCUUAUGCUGUAAUCUUUUUCACCUUUUCCAAUUUUUAGGUGUAGAUCCAGAAACGAUGAUAGAGUCAUCACUUGGCGAGAUAAUAGAGUAUUCCCUAGAAACUCCAUUUUCAAUACUGGCAUAUUUUGACAAGAAAUUGGUUGGAGUUGCAUUGACUUCGCUAUAUGAAAUGCGCGACCGCAAAGACGAGCUUGAACUCAAAAUGCCAAUGGAUUUUGGGUCAGGUAGGACUUUUAUUUUUUUGUCAAUUCUUAUUAUUUUGUUCUUGAUUUACUCUGUUUAACAUGUCGGAUUAAUAAAUUUUUUGAAAAAUAGAGUCAAGCUUAAAAAAACUUACUUUUAAGAUAUCCACCGACUAAAAAUGUACUACGAAAACUACGAAGUAGCGGCAGUUUUGGCGCUUCUAAACUAUUUCAACGAAGUUGCACCGAACUUCUUGCCAGUCGCUGGAGGUUACGUUGGCCAAGGGCAUCUGAGCGUGGUCGACAGUCAGUUUGAAGGGUAAACUUUACUUUGGUUAAGCAAUUUCGAAGAUUUUUAUUUUUUGAAAAUUUAUCGUAUUUUAGACUGAAAUUUUGAAUAAUUUAAAGCGUGGUACUAGUUUUACUUGUUAUCUUUAGUAACAGUUAUUUUUCAAAUUUUAAAUUUUAAAACCUUUAAAAUGAUUUAUUAGUUUUAGAAAUGGAAUCUACUCCAAGCUAGUUGUAGCAGCAGCCAAACAAAUGGCCAAACACAAAAUCUCCCACUACUUUGGCAUCAACACUUCCGUCGACAGUCUGCAUGCAGCGUUAAUGCUCGGCUUCGAAGAAGCCUACUCGUUUCCCUUUUCUGCAGCUUUAAUUCACGGCAAACCAAUGUUUCCGGGUGGUGUAAUGGUGGAUGGAGGCAAGAAGAUCUCCAUAUUGAUUGGCGACAACGAACGCAUCGCCGGCUUGAAACAACAACGACAAAAUCAACGUCAACGAAUCUAA